AUGGAGUCCAAAGGGUCAAUUUUAAUUAAGUUUCUCAUGUUUCUUCAAUUAUCAGUUCUAUGUCUUUCACAGCAACAAGAUUUUGAUUUCUUCUACUUUGUUCAACAGUGGCCAGGAUCAUACUGUGAUUCACAGAAGAGUUGUUGCUAUCCAACAAGCGGUAAACCGGCGGCUGAUUUUGGUAUUCAUGGUUUAUGGCCUAAUUACAGAGAUGGCUCUUAUCCAUCUAACUGUGAUCCAGAUAGCCCUUUUGAUCAAUCUCAGAUAUCUGAUCUCACAAGUAGUUUACAGAAGAACUGGCCCACACUAGCAUGUCCAAGUGGAAAUGGAAUACAGUUUUGGACACAUGAAUGGGAGAAACAUGGAACUUGCUCAGAAUCAAGCCUUAAACAACAUGAUUAUUUUGAAACAACUCUCAACUUGAAACAAAAAUCAAACCUGCUCGGUGCUCUUUCAAGGGCAGGUAUACAAGCCGAUGGAGGCUCCUACAGCGUGAGCAGUAUCAAAGAAGCUAUAGAAAAGGGAGUUGGGUUUGCUCCAUUCAUUGAAUGUAAUGUCGAUUCAUCUCGUAACAGUCAGCUAUACCAAGUUUACUUGUGUGUCGACACUUCUGGAACAAACUUCAUUGACUGUCCUGUUUUCCCUCAUGGCAAAUGUGGAACUGAUGUUGAGUUCCCAUCUUUUUAA